GCGCCAGAGGAGACUGGAGUCGAGUGAGGAAAAUUACUUUGCAUUGCGUAAGAAAGAUACAGUUCUUCAGACCCUGUCCAUUUUGUAUCUUCUAAAGCUGUUUGGUGUUGUAAAUCCAUUGAUCUUCGUUAUGGAUGAUCCUGCUCUCUUGGCACUCACUCCACACACUGUGGAAGAUCCUGAUUCAGCAGCCACUAGACAGCUUGUAAACCCUGAGCGAGUCCACAGACAUGAAGAUCCUUAUGACUUGGUUGUGUUAGCUCAAGAAGUACAGAAAGCUGAUCAGUUUGUCCGAUGUGCUGCUAGUAAUAAACUCAUACUGAUUGCAGAACAGAUUCGUCAUCUUCAAGAACAAGCCAGGAAAGUGUUAGAGGAGACCAAACGAGAUGCUGAACUCCACCAUGCUGCUUGCAACUUCAAGAAAAGACCAGGCCAAAUGUAUUACCUGUACAAAAGACAAAAUGGAACAACAUACUUCUCAAUGCUUUCACCAAAGGUAAAAAAAGUAUGGAUGAUUUAGAACAUGUUUUACAGCAAGCAUGGUCCACGAGCAAGAUCUUUACAGCAAAAAGUUAGGCCAUUUUAGUGCUCAGACAUGAUAACAAACCAGACUAUAAAAUGAUGUAGGCUAUUUCAAAACUUUGUCAGACAAUGUCCACUGAGCAACUGUUAUUUCCAGUACUGACUUCCUGUCAUCUCAUGAAAGAAAAUGGUUAGAAAGCUAACUACAGUCAAGUCUAGAUAAUUUGCAGGCAUUUUUCAGUUACCCACACUUUUCCUCAUGGUUCUCUUACAUUGCUAUGGUAUUGAAUUUGUUUGUGCAGUUAGACUGCUCUUUUAGCUUUUCUCCUCUAUAACAACUAUUGUCAGUAAUUAAAGUGUUUUCAUUGAACGUUAAUGUGAAAAAGUGAAUAGUGUAAUUGUAAGUAAACUCAACUGUAAAGUAGUGGUAGAAGUUGGUAAUAAGUUAGUUAAUGUUGUAUUUGGUGUGAAAUUUUAUGAAAGAGAAACAUAAUGCUAGUUAUGUUAGUAUUGUAAGUAACAU